CUCUGUUGUCCCAUUGUAAUCUCUCCCUCGAACGCAACACGGAGCUCUUCCCCUCUGGUUUCAGGCCCGCAACGUCUCCCACGCCAGCCGUCGCCCCUAGGACUUCAGCUGCAGCUGUCCCCCUGACCAAGGACCCUUACAUUGGGCUGAAAUCGCCUCCGAGAUCUGCGAAAUCUGCCUUAUUUGUCCGAUUGAAGAAAAGAAAGUAGCGUCGCUUUCGGGAUGCCUCUCCCCAGCAUUUGGCCCUUGUGCAGAAGGUUUUGUCGGGACUGAGAAAGAGUCAGCAGGAUGGGCAACGAGGACACCCUCGAGGAGGAUGUGUUUGUUGCCGUCAUCCGCCCAAAGAGUCAAGCCAGCCUGAACUCAAAGGAGUACAGAGCCAAAGCCUACGAGAUCCUGCUGAUCGAAGUUCCUUUGGAGGGCAAGGAGAAGAAAAGAAAGAAAGUCCUCCUGGCCACAAAGAUCACAGCAGCAGGAGACAAAUCCAAAUCCAUAUUGGAUUAUGUUGACAAAACCAUCAGACCGAUAUCCAACAACCGAGGCUUCGUAGGGAAGCGUGUGGUGCAUAUGAAGAAAUUCCCCCUCGAUGGCAAAAAUGAAGGGGAGGAGGCAUCGCUUUUUGUUGUGCCCGUCAGCGUUAAAGACAACAGCAAGCCUGUUUGCAGCGCCGGGAGCCCGAGCUUCUACUGCUUCCAGGACAUCAUGCGGGUGUGCAGCGAGACCAGCGCUCACUUCUGCCCCAUCACCUCCAAGAUGCUUCUGGUUUUAGACAAAUGGCUGGCAGAGCAGCACACUGUGCCUCACGCCAUCGCCGCUCUGUUCAGACCGGCCCCCGUUGAGCGGGUGAAGACCAACGUCAGCAACCCGGCGUACGGCAGCGAGGGCAAGCAGAGCGACGACGGGCUGCACAUGGGCUACACUGCUCUGGAGAUCAAGAGCAAGAUGAUGUCGCUGGAGAAGGCGGACAUGUGCAUCCUCAACCCGCUUUACGGCUCUGAUCUGCAGUACACCAACCGGGUGGAUAAAGUUGUUAUUAACCCAUAUUUUGGCCUCGGGGCGCCCGACUACUCCAAGAUCCAGAUCCCCAAGAGGGAGAAGUGGCAACACGGUCCUAACAGUGUGGCAGAAGACAAGGAGCGUCAGUGGGUGGACGACUUCCCCCUCCACCGCAGCUCCUGUGAAGGAGACACCGAGCUGCUGUCUAAGCUGCUGGACAGCGGUUUAUCAGUCAAGCAGCUGGACAGUGACCACUGGGCUCCCAUUCACUACGCCUGCUGGCACGGAAAAGUCGAGGCAACCAAACUGUUGCUGGAGAAAGGUAACUGUAAUCCCAACCUGCUGAACGGCCAGCUCAGCUCUCCUCUGCACUUUGCAGCCAGAGGAGGCCACGCAGAGAUUGUGCAACUCUUGCUGCAGCACCCUGAGAUUGAUCGGCAUAUUGAGGACCAGCAGAAGAGGUCCCCCCUUCAGCUGUGUGAGGAGAACAAGCAGAACGAAUGGGAGGAGACAGUGGAACUUCUGCAGAAAUCCAGCAGCAGGCCUUACGAGAAGGUGCGUAUCUACCGCAUGGACGGCUCGUAUCGCUCCGUGGAGCUGAAGCACGGCAACAACACAACGGUGCAGCAGAUCAUGGAAGGCAUGCGUCUUUCUCAGGACACCCAGCAGUACUUUACCAUCUGGAUCUGCUCAGAGAACCUCCACCUGCAGCUGAAGCCGUACCACAAGCCCCUGCAGCACCUGCGGAUCUGGACAGAGAUUGUGACCGACCUGACGGUGCUGGAUCCUCAAAGGGAAACUUCUCAGCUCUUCCUCCGCAGAGACGUCCGGCUGCCCCUUGAAGUUGAGAAAAAGGUGGAAGACCCUCUGGCCAUCCUCAUUCUGUUCGACGAGGCCCGUCACUGCCUCCUAAAGGGAUUCUUUCCUGCUCCGGACACCAAGCUGAUCACUCUGGCCAGCCUCCUCCUGCAGAUCAUAUACGGCAGCUAUGAGAGCAAGAAGCACAAGCAAGGGUUUCUCAAUGAGGAAAACCUGAAAUCAAUUGUGCCGAUAUCCAAAGUGAAAAGUAAAGCGUACCACUGGACCAACCGGAUUCUGCAUGAAUACAAAGCCCUGAGCACCAGCGAAGGGGUGAGUAAAGAGAUGCACCACCUGCAGCGACUCUUCCUGCAGAACUGCUGGGACAUCCCGACCUACGGCGCGGCCUUCUUCACGGGUCAGGUCUACACCAAGGCCAGCGCCAGCAACCAUAAAGUCAUCCGCGUCUACGUCGGGGUCAACACAAAGGGGCUGCACCUCAUGAACAUGGAGACCAAGGUCCCUCUGAUCAGUUUAGAAUAUGGCACAUUCAUGUGGCAGCUCGGGCACGCUGACCAGUACUUCCAGAUACACAGUGGUGACAAUAAAAUGAACUUCAUUGUGCACACAAAGCAGGCUGGCCUUAUUGUGAAGCUCUUGAUGAAGCUGAGUGGACAGAUGACACCAAAUGAUAAAAGCGUAAUGGACAAAUAUGCUUAUGGCUGAAAACCUGCAGAAGAGACCUCAGCUGCAGUACAGAUCCCCGUGCAGGUUCCUCCUACUGACCCAACUGACUGCAAGACUCAAGACAAAGAGCAAAGUCACCCCACAAGUGCCUUAUUUUGUAUAUUCGGCUAAGUGAUAAUGUUUGAAACCUCACAUUGUGUAUUUUUUGACAAGUCAUAUAUUUUGAGUGCAUGUAAAUACGUUUAUUUAAUGUUUUAAUAAACAUGUGUAAAUGAG